AUGAAAGGCAAUCAGACAUUGGUUACUGAUUUUAUCCUGGUUGGGUUUACAACAGACCCAUUUCUACGCAUAAUCUUCUUUGUGCUGUUCUUGGCCUCCUAUAACCUAACGCUGACUGGGAAUCUGGGCCUCAUAACCCUGAUCUACAUAGAUUCCCACUUGCACACACCCAUGUACUUCUUUGUGGGCAGCCUUUCCUUCCUGGAUAUCUGGUACUCCUCGGUCUACACUCCUCGGAUCUUAUUUGACUGUGUGUCUGACAACAACCACAUGUCCCUUGCUGGUUGUGCAGCCCAGUUCUUCUUCUCUGCUGGUUUGGCCUACACUGAAUGUUUCCUAUUGGCCUUCAUGGCCUAUGACCGCUUUGUGGCCAUUUGCAACCCACUCCUUUACCACACUGCCAUGCCCAAGAAGCUCUGCAUCCAGCUAGUGAUAGGAGCUUAUGCAGCUGGCUUUGCCAAUGCAAUUGUACACACUGGCAACACCUUUCGGCUACGUUUCUGUGGGAAUAAUGUGAUCAACCAUUACUUCUGUGAUGGGCCACCACUUGUUAAAAUGUCCUGUAAUGACAUAGGUGUCUAUGAACUCAUUGUGGCUGCUGUAUUGGGUUCCAAUUUGCUAGUAACCACAGCUGUCAUUGUGAGCUCAUAUAUUGGCAUUGGAGCAGCCAUAGUUCGCAUCCGAUCAGCUGCAGGGAGAUGCAAAGCCUUCUUCACUUGUUCAGCUCACUUGAUGUCAGUGUCCCUCUUCUAUGGUUCCAUUUUCAUUAUGUACCUCACACCCAACUUUCAUCACAUUCCAAACUGGGACAAGACAAAUGCAUUGUUCUAUACAGUAGUCAACCCUCUGGCCAACCCGUUCAUUUACAGCUUACGCAACAAAGACGUGAAGGCAGCCUUCAAGAAAGUCUGGGGGAGAUUCACAAUACCCAAAUGA